AAUCGGUUUAAAAAUCUGAUCUUUUAGGACCGAAUCAUCAUCUCAAAUGGGAAAACAAAAACAAAAAAAAUCCCACCUUUUUUGUUUUGUUUACAAUUUAUACAAAACACACACACACAGAGACAAAUCAAAGAGGAGACGAUUGUGAAAAAGUAAAUAAAAAUCCAAACUUUGUUGAGAUAAGAAGAUUGUGCAUAGCAGAGCCAGAGAGACAUGGUGUUCCGUGGCGACACAGUGAUGUCCGUAGCUCAUAUAUCGGCGGAGAUAUUUCAGCGGCUACGUUUGAUUCGGCCGUCGGAUCGAAUCAGCAGCGGCGAGAUGUUACAGCUCGUUUGUUGUUUCCCGCUUCAGCAAUUGGGUCGGUUCGUGUUUUGGUUCUGGAACUAUAUCUGUGUUCCACCUCCUGAGGUUUUGUAUUUUGAUGGUGGUCGUGAUGGCAACGAUGACGAUGGUUAUGGAUCAUCUUCUCCGUCUUCGAUCGCUACUCAUCAUCACAAUUACUAUCAUCUUCAUUUGGAGUGACGAAAGUUUCGAUUUUUUUUCUGAUUUUGUUUGAUUGUAAAGUUUUCAUUUUUUUAUAUUUCUUACCCUUAUUGUAUAGAGAAAAGUUCAUGUUUUGAUUAUUGGGGUUUGAAGUUCUUGGGAUUGUUGGAUAUAAUCCGAGUCUGUUCUUUUAAUCCAUGUUUAUAGAAUCAGAGAGCAUUUUGGUGAUACAUAUAUAGUUUUAGCC